AGUCCUCGCCUCUGCAUCUUCAACUCGAUUCGAUUUCGAAGUUUUCAAGGUUUUCGAAUUUCUCCCCCUCGAUCUUCAUCUCACCCUCUGCCGCGGGAAGCUCCUAAAAUCUCUGCUAUAGUCAAUCUCUUUGCAAAGAUGAGAAAUUAGGCUUCAUAGAUUGGGAACCAAAUCAUCAAUUUAUUUGUGAUGUUAACUUUAAGGGUAAAGCCAAAGGCAAUGGAAGGAGAAGAGGAUUUGCCUAGGGAUGCUAAGAUUGUCAAGUCUCUGCUUAAAUCAAUGGGCGUUGAGGAGUAUGAACCUCGCGUUAUCCAUCAGUUUCUUGAGCUAUGGUAUCGCUAUGUCGUGGAUGUAUUGACGGAUGCGCAGGUUUACUCCGAGCAUGCCGGGAAGCAAACCAUUGAUUGCGAUGAUGUCAAUCUUGCUAUUCAAUCUAAAGUCAAUUUCAGCUUCUCACAGCCUCCACCCAGAGAGGUGCUUUUGGAGUUAGCAAGAAAAAGGAACAAAGUUCCAUUGCCAAAGGCAAUACCGGGGCCUGGAAUUCCCCUACCACCUGAGCAGGAUACAUUGAUAUGCACAAACUACCAAUUUGCUAUCCCUAAGAAGCAACCGGCUCAAGCAAUGGAAGAGACUGAAGAUGAUGAAGUAAGUGCUGAACCUAAUUCGUCGCAAGAGCAGAAGACCGAUGUGCCACACCCAACAUCUCAAAAGAGUAUCGUUUCCUCUCAAUAAGCGCUCCAAGUGAGGAUACGUUUUUGUAAGAUGUUUCAACUGUCCAUCUAUAUAGUAUAGGAUAAUAUUUGCUUUAAGUUUCAUCAUAUGUUCAUCAAAGAGAAGGUUGAUGUUUCAUCUGUUAUCAUGAUGGAAUGGAAUGUAUCUUUGUAAUCUGAUUCUAAUAUUAGUGUUAGUGUUGCAAUUUGUGCACUAUUUUCCUGUAUGCUUGUGAACUAUGUGCGAUUGAACUGUCAAAAGACAUGAUGCACAAAAUCAAUGGAAUUAAUGGAGGAAACGACAAAGAAA